AUGACUAUGGCUAAUGAUUUGGGAUACUCAGCGGCUAUGUCUUCCUCUUUUUCAGCUCUACAUACUUCUGGAGAAGAUAGAUACCCUAACUCUUUCUGGGGUUCAUCAGGGCAGGAACUGAUGAACAACCCUGUGGUCUCUGGUGGCAACUCUGGUGGGUAUAUGUUUCCUUCUCCCUCUGGAUUCUGCAAUGUUUCAGCUGUCUCAACUCAUGGAAGGGCUUCCCAGACCCAGCCACCUGUUUCCACCAUGCCACAGGAUUGUUUUUUGGAAGCACAACCCUUGUCAUUGAUUAAUCAUCAUAACCUUCCAGAGUUUUCAGAUCCACUUGAAGACUUCUUUGAUUUUUCUGACCAUGUUCCUGCUCUGAAUCCACAAGCAGAGAGUAGUGGAGUGAAGAUGGGCUCAUCAGUGGAGCUUCAUGAGAAAAGCGAGUGGCAAAGUUGGGCAGAUCAGUUGAUGUCUGUUGACAAUGGUUCAGAGCCGAACUGGUCUGAACUUCUUGGAGAUCCAAAACCACAGGUUCAGUUUCUCUACCUUUAUAUGAUCUCUAUAUUUGGCUAUGUGUCAUUUAAUCAGCGUUCACAUGAUUUGCAACAGAUACCAACACCAUCUUUGGAUGUACCAAGACAAGAGAUAGUAGUAGUAGCUAACCAGCAGCAGCAUCAGGUGGUUUCGUUGGAGGAGCAGCUGAACUCAUCAGCUAGUGCAGCAACAACUAAACAGCGGAUGCGAUGGACACCAGAACUUCAUGAGGCGUUUGUUGAAGCUGUUAAUCAGCUUGGUGGUAGUGAACGAGCCACGCCUAAGGCUGUUUUGAAGCUCUUGAAUAACCCUAUCUUGACCAUUUAUCAUGUCAAAAGCCAUCUGCAGAAAUACAGGACGGCAAGGUAUAAACCAGAGACUUCAGAAGCUACAGGAGAACCUCAAGAAAAGAAGAUGACAUCUAUUGAAGAUAUCAAAUCUCUUGACAUGAAAACGAGCGUUGAGAUCACACAAGCUCUAAGGUUACAGAUGGAAGUUCAGAAACGUCUCCAUGAGCAGCUCGAGAAUCAACGGGCGCUGCAGUUGCAGAUUGAGAAACAGGGACGACAGCUACAGAUGAUGUUUGAGAAACAACAGAAGUUAGAAGAGAAGAAGAGCUCUUCCUCAUCAAAGCAAUGCAACGGCGCAUCUGCAGAAGCUGAAUCUGGUGUUGUGACACAUACAGGGGACCAAAGUGAAUCUGCUGCUGCUUCAGUAUCAAGGAAACGAGCCAGAGAAGAUUAGAAAAGCAUAUUGAUUGGUUGACGAGACUUUGUUUAUUGAGAAUUAAGUUAGGUGUUUUGUGUAACACACAGAGAUGCAUUAACUACAGUUUUGUUACAAGAAAAUUGUUUCUUCAUAGCUUUGUGUUUUUGUUCAGUUUAGAAAGCAGUUGCUGUGAAGGCCCUGCAACAACAUUAACUGAAGAUGAUUGGAAGAUGAGCUGAACAGAGCAAAAUAUAUGUUUCCUCCUCUUAUAUAGCAAAUGUGUUC